CGAGCCGUGGCGGAGCUGUCCGGAAGGUCCGGCUGUGGCUCCUCAACAUAAACAGCUAUGGCGGAGGCAGCAGCAGCGUCUACGGAGACUCCGGCAGUAACAGGAGGGUGGACCAAGAACGUAACCUGCAGAUAUUUCAUGCACGGUCUCUGCACAGAAGGAGAAAACUGUCGAUACUCCCAUGAUCUCACCAGCAGCCAACCUGCAGCCAUGAUUUGCAAGUUCUUUCAGAAGGGAAACUGUGCGUUUGGGGACCGGUGCAGGUUCGAACACUGUAAACCGACAGAGGAAGAGGAGACCUCUCAGACGCUGCCGCUGCCCUCCGCCUCACUGGCCGGCCCAUCAGACCCUGAACACAACGGGCCAACACCCGGUCCAGGGGCCAGAGACUGGGUCAACGCUGCAGAGUUUGUCCCAGGACAGCCCUACUGUGGACGAGCUGAGCCGGUGAAGGCUGAGAGCUCCGUCCCACUCAUCGAGGAGCUGGACGGGGAAGCAGCACAGGAGAACAAGGAGCUGAGGAAGACGCUCUGCCCGUACGCCGCCGUCGGAGAGUGUCGCUACGGCAUCAACUGUGCCUAUCUCCAUGGCGACGUGUGCGACAUGUGCGGCCUGCAGGUGCUACACCCCACCGACAAUGCCCAGCGCUCCGAUCACACAAAGGCGUGCAUCGAGGCCCACGAGAAGGACAUGGAGAUCUCGUUCGCCAUCCAGCGCAGUAAGGACAUGAUGUGCGGUGUGUGCAUGGAGGUGGUGUUCGAGAAGGCCAACAUGAGCGAGCGACGCUUCGGCAUCCUGUCCAACUGCAGCCACUGCUACUGUCUGAAGUGCAUCCGCAAAUGGAGGAGCGCCAAACAGUUUGAGAGCAAAAUCAUCAAGUCUUGCCCGGAGUGUCGAAUCACAUCAAACUUUGUGAUCCCGAGCGAGUACUGGGUGGAAGAUAAAGACGACAAGCAGAAACUCAUCCAGAAGUACAAGGACGGCAUGGGGACCAAACCAUGUCGAUACUUUGACGAGGGUCGUGGGACGUGCCCCUUCGGCUCAAACUGUUUCUACAAACACGCCUUCCCUGACGGCCGGCUGGAGGAGGCUCAGCCUCAGAGACGACAGACUGGAUCCAACAGCAGAUCCCGGAACUCGAGACGAACUCCGCUGUGGGACAUCUUCGACGAGCGGGAGAGCACUGACUCGUUCGAUAACGAGGACGAGGAGAUGGUGACGUUCGAGCUGAGCGAGAUGCUGCUCAUGCUGCUCGCCGCGGGGACGGACGACGAGGUGACGGACUCAGAGGACGAUUGGGACUUGUUUCACGAGGAGCUGGACGAUUUCUAUGAGAUUUACCUAUAGCAGCCCCCCCCCCCCAUGCCCCCCCCCCGUAUACUAGACUACACUACACUAGAAUGGACUGUCUUGUGCGAGUGAUGGACAGUAGCUUCUCCCUCUGUAUCGUGGCAGUGCCUUUAAGCAGGCCAUUAAUAAUGAACUUCUAAAACAUCAAAAAGACAAAAAAAAUCAAGUCGUCGGUCGGUGCGCUCGUGCUAAACAUUUUCUAUCCUCGUGAGUCUCUCCGUGUGGUACGUGUAAAAUAUAAAAAGAUAAAAACAACUUAAACUCAAAUGAUAAACUUUCUUCAGAUAUUGCUAAUAAACAUUGUCAAGUUUAUUUGUGGGUGUGGGUUUGACUCGUCGAUCAAACGUCCGUGUGAGGAUUCACUCCGCUCAGCGGCUGUGAUGGCGUGACGUAACGUGAACCGCAGGAAGCUGCUCAGACGACACGCAGAACUCUUUACCACCGUCACCUGCUGCUUCCUCUGCAGCUCUGCUUCAUUCAGGGUUCAAAGUCCUCUCAGGAGGCACGCAGAUCAAAAGGAACUCAGCAGUCAAACCAAAACCUGAAUCAAAGUGAGCCCGGUUUACACAUGACCCUGAUCCUCAGCAGCAUUUUUAUCUGUCUCAGACUCUGAGCGGCCCCGAGCACAUUUAGACCUAAACGCACUUCAGGGUGACGCCUCAACUCAGAGGAACACACAACAACACAGCAUUUAACUCAGCAUGAGACUCAAAGUCUGUGUGCUCAUUAGUAACAGCUCAUGCUGACCUGUCAGGUGAUGAUGAUCACUUUAAUAAAGCUUGUUUCUGAACGGAUCCAUUGAAGUGAUCCAUAAAGAGUCAGAACACUGAAAAUAUGGAUCACAAUGAUUCCUCAGAAGGAUUUUUGAUCCAUAAAGUUUCUGUCACAGAGAUUGUAACCUGCUGCAUUCAAAGACAGGUUGAAGUUUUCUUCAAACUUCUCCUCAGAGAAAUAAAAUAAAAUAAAUGAAUGAACUUUUAAAUAGUUGAUCAAUGAUGAAAUUAAAAGUGAUCGAUCGAUCAUGCUCACUCUGGUUUCACAGCAGAAAGCACUUCUCCCUCCUCUCCAUGAGACGUCUGUGAAAUCAGUUUGUGCAGAAAUGUUAAACAUCUUUAUUCAUUUGAACUUAACACACUCAGAGUUCACAGUUUAGACUCUUUAAUGUCCUCAGCACUUAUUCAUGUUACAGUACUGUGCUAAGUUCUGCCCCUGCUGGCUGGAAGAGGUACUACAACAUGCUUUCCAAUGAACACAACAGAUGUCAGUACGUCUUCUAGCUACCAGGGGCAGCACUGAGCAGUCUCUAAUGUGAUCUCCUUUAGGAUCACAUUAGAAGAGCUGCUCAGGGUCUGAACAGAGCUGGGCCCCCAAUGGAUCAGGCUCAGGUGUAAACCUGCUCAUCUGUAGAGGUAGUCUGGGAACAUUAGGCUCACUGUGCAGGUUCUUUAGAGCGAUCUGAGGAGCUGUGGGUCUGACUCAAGAUCUGAUUAACAUUCUUUAUUCAGAUAUAAACACAGACCGUCCCGUCCUCCAUUCGUCCUCUGAGCACCCAGGGCCACCUGGCGGGCAGGUGUUCCUGUGAAGGUGACAGAGUGACAUCAGACCCUCCUCGUGUACAUUGACCCUCCUCUGAGUGAUCAUAUUUACCCUCUGACAGCUGGUCUCUACCUGUUGAACUCCAUUGGAAUGCAUAUGUUUAUACUGAAAUGUGUGUUUUCUAUGUUCCACAGCAUCCAUCCUAACUUGAAAUUAAAGUUUAUUACCAAC